GGGCGAGCCCUGUCCCGACGUUUGCACACAGCCCCUUGCCGAGCGGAGGAGGUGGGGUGAGCAGAGGCCGCGCCUGGCAGUGCCAGAGGACAGAAGAGUAUCUGCAAAAUGGCAACUGCUCAGAAGCAAAGGAAUUGUGUGAGUGCAGUUGUAUUUCCUAACAAAAUAUCUACUGAACAGCAGUCCCUGAUGCUAGUGAAGAGGCUCCUGGCAGUAGCAGUAUCCUGCAUUACGUAUCUGAGAGGAAUUUUUCCUGAAAGUGCCUAUGGAACAAGAUACAUGGAUGAUGUCUGUGUCAAAAUUCUGAGGGAAGACAAGAACUGUCCUGGCUCUACUCAGCUGGUGAAAUGGAUGUUAGGAUGCUAUGAUGCCUUGCAGAAGAAAUACCUGAGAAUGAUUGUCCUGGCAGUCUAUACCCAUCCAGAAGAUCCUCAGACAAUUACAGAAUGUUACCACUUCAAAUUCAAGUACACCCACAAUGGGCCACUCCUGGAUUUCAGCAGUAAGACUAAAAGGAAUGAUUCCACGAUCACCUGUGCAGACACCAGGAAAGCAAGUGUCCUCCUCAUUCGCAAGAUUUAUAUUCUGAUGCAAAACCUGAGUCCAUUACCAAAUGAUGUUUUCCUGACUAUGAAGCUGUUUUAUUACGAUGAAGUUACACCAUCUGAUUACCAACCUCCUGGUUUUAAGGAGGGUGAAUGUGAGGGGAUGAUAUUUGAGGGGGAGCCUAUGUAUCUGAAUGUAGGUGAAGUGCCAACGCCUUUUCAUAUGCUGAAAGUUAAAGUUACAACUGAAAAACAGCGAAUGGAAAAUGUUGAUAAAAGCAUCCUAAAGCAUGGAGAGACUAAUGUGCCUCUUCAGGUGCUCAGAGUGGACAGAGAUGAUCCAGAAGAAGAGAACCAGGACAUGAAUGAAGAUCUUGUCUUGGAUAAUAAAGCAGAAGAUAGGAAUAAUGUACAUAUUUCAGAAACUCAAGAACCAAAUUUAACAUAUGAAGAAGAAGAAGUUACAAAGGCUGGAGGGAACCAGAAUCUGUAUGUUUCUAAUCCUCAGGUUGAUCAUUUGGCGAGCAGGACGUCUGAACUUAAUGUCUCAGAGAGCAGGACAAGAAGUGGAAAGAUAUUUCAAACUAGCACUGUUCAUCAGUUUGAGCUCUCAUCUAGUCAAGAUGUGCUGCCAAAAAGGAGAAAGAUCAGUGAACCAAAGGAGCAGUUUUAGAUAGCCAUCUCCCCUGCUGUUUUGUUCAUAGAGUUCUUCUCCGUACCACUUC